AUGGAUCUACACGAGACCCAGGCCUACAUCCAGGCCUCGGUCAACCAAACCGUUGCAGCCUUCCAAAAGGUUCCUGGAAGUGCUGUCUUGAUCCGCUACAUCCAGUCCAGCUACCAGAAUGAUCCCGUCCGCUCCGCGAUUGAGCUCGUCCUCGUCAUCUUCUUCAUACGGUACCUCCUUUCGCCCUCGUACCCGACGCACGAGCCGAAUUAUGUCAAGCUUCGCGAGGACGAGAUUGACGAGCUCGUGAAUGACUGGGAGCCCGAGCCUCUCGUCGCUCCCCGAACACCCUUCGAGAAGUCCGAAGCCGAGACCGCUCCCGUCAUCGUCGGGCCCACGGGACCCAAGGUCAAGCUUUCAAACGGCAAGACCGUCACCAACCUUGCGAGCUUCAACUUCUACAACUUCAACGCCAACGAGGCCAUCAAGGACAAGGCUAUCCAGACUCUGCGCACUUAUGGUGUUGGCCCUUGCGGCCCGCCCCAGUUCUACGGUACUCAAGAUGUACACAUGAAGGCCGAAGCCGACGUCGCCUCCUAUCUUGGAACAGAGGCGUCCAUCAUCUACGCCCAGGCCUUCUCAACCAUCUCCAGUGUCAUCCCCGCCUUCUGCAAGCGUGGCGAUGUCAUCGUCGUCGACGAAAUGGUCAAUUACUCUAUUCGCAAAGGUCUUGAGGCUGCUCGCAGCUCCAUCCGCUGGUACAAGCACAACGACUACGACGACCUCGAGAAGAUUCUCAAAAAGGUAGCUCAGGAGCAGGCGCGCAAGAAGAUUUUGACCAGGCGCUUCAUCGUCACGGAAGGUCUCUUUGAAAUGGUUGGUGACUCAAGCAACCUCCCAAAGCUGAUUGAGCUGAAGGAAAAGUACAAGUUUCGCCUGGCGCUGGAUGAAACCUGGUCUUUUGGCGUCUUGGGGCGCACUGGGCGUGGUCUCACUGAAGCACAAAACGUGGACGCUGCUCAGGUUGACAUGAUUAUUGGCUCUCUCGCUGGUCCUCUUUGUGCUGCCGGCGGCUUCUGCGCUGGCACGCGUGAUGUGGUCUCUCAUCAACGCAUCAACGCCGCCUCUUACACCUUCUCUGCUGCUCUGCCUGCCAUGUCCGCUGUUACAGCAAGCGAAACUCUGAACGUUCUGCAGUCGAACCCAGAGAUUCUGCUCCAGUGCCGCGAGAACAUCAAGGCCAUGAGAGCGCAGAUCGACCCGCGGAGUGACUGGGUCAGAUGCACUAGCGACCCCGAGAACCCCAUCAUGCUGCUGUCUUUCAAGCCCGAUGUGGUUGAGGCUCGGCAGUUGACCUAUGUAGAUCAAGAACGUCUUCUGCAAGAAAGUAUAGACGAGGUAAUCUCUCAGAUUCUUGCCAAUGGAGUGUUUGUGACACGGUUGAGAAGCCAGCCCGUAGCUAGCAACAUGACGGAGUCGCAGCUCGCUGAUUGUGGUAUGCAGCCUGCUAUCAAGGUCUGCAUCACGACCGGGCUUUCCAAGAAGGAGACUGAGAAGGCUGGUGUUACCAUUCGCCAUGCUAUCACCAAGAUCAUGACACGGAAGUCGACCAGACAGCCAUCGCUGACCGCCUAG